AUGGCUCGACAGGUGCUAAACUACCACGACGUGCAGUUGUACGAGUCGGAUGCGGCGCUGUUCACAGGGCACCAGUGGCUCAACGACAACGCCAUCAACUUCUAUUUGCAGUAUCUGACGCAGACAGUAGCUCGUCGCGACGUGCUGCUCAUGGAUCCGGCUGUGGUCUCGUGUUUGCUGCAUCAGUGCGAGGACGAGGACGAGUACCAGGAACUGGCAAUUGGGCUUGAUCUAACUAGCAAACAGCUCUGCAUCAUUCCAGUCACGGACAAUGACGCACUGGGUGCGGGCAGUAGCCAUUGGUCACUGCUGCUCUACAGCGACGGAGAUUUUCAGCACUUUGACUCGAGCUCAGGCCAUAAUCAUCAUGCAGCACGGCGCUUGGCCGAAUCGUUUGAGGUUCUGCUGCGAGCUGCUGGCAAACGCCGUGGGAGCGGAUUUUCUCGUCGGUUGGUGGAGGUGCAGAAUGCCCCACAGCAGCAAAACGGCUACGACUGUGGCAUGUAUGUGCUGGUGCUGGCCGAGUAUUUUUGUCGCCAACAUGCGGAACUUCGACUGCAGUUGCCCAAACUUAUCGAGAAGCUGAAGGCGGAAGCAGUACGAGCCUAG